UCAAUUCAUCAUCUUCACAUUCUUCUAUCUGACAUUAGAAAUAUCGAGACGAGUCUAUUGAUCAAUUACCAUCAAUCAAAACUCAUAUUUUCAUUAAUUGAAACAAAUCCGCGGUAGGAAACCGACACAGAGUCUACAAGACAAACUAUCACAUCACCACUUACAUUCGAGACCAUCUUGUUCAACCCUCUCCAGUUCUCUCGUUAUCGAACGCGAGAAUACAAAUAGAUAUGGAUGCAAAUAAACAGAAAGAAGGCGAUGCGCCUACGGCGCCAGUUGAAACUUCUACGCCGAAGACGUCUGCCCAAGCACCACCUCCUACAGCAUCAAGUCCGGCGCCAAGCAUUGCCAGUUCAUCGAGCCGUCCGCCCUACAUGCCACAGUUCUCAACGACAACUCAGAUGAUCCUUAAACGUAUCAACUCUAAGCCAGGAAGUCUAUCUUCAGCUCUCUCGUCUGCUUCUUCAACUAUACGCCCGACCAACUUCAAGAAAGAUGAAUACGAGGAUACUAAGAGACGCCUCCUAAUGAAUCUCAACAUACCUCUCACAAUGCCUCUACCGUAUACCGGUAAAUCUCACUCUACCAACUUAUCUACUACAAAUAAAAUACCAUCAUCUACAGCGAGUACUCUACGUGCGCCAGUGAACGAUGCGUUUAACCUCCGCACUCCACUGCCGACUAAGAGUCGAAGCCUACCCGCGUCGAAGCAAGCACCCCAGGCGCAGAAGAUGCCAGCGCCAAAACAUAAGAGUAAGACACAGCGCGGCACCAAGCGCAAGAGGGGCAGGGAUAGCGAGGAAGGAGAUACAUCUUCCGUCCUAAGCGAACUAUCUAUGACCGAUAACGACGGCACCACCAUGGCGAUGCCCGCCCCCGCUAUCAGCACUUCUGCCAAGGAAAUUCAGGCCGCGCCUACUAUGACUAAGUCCGGCCGCCAGGUGCAGAAGCCGACCCAGUAUAACCCGUCGGAGCAAUUCGCACGUGACGCAAAGCGCCGAGCUUCAGGAAAGCAGCGCACACCGGAACAGCAAGCUCUAUGUAAGGUAUGCACGCGAGGAAUUGGUCUAUCGACAAACCAGAUCGUUUAUUGCGAUGGAUGCAACUGUGUCUGGCAUCAGAUGUGUCACGAGCCGUAUAUCGAUGAUGACUUCGUCAGCGAUGGGUCGCGCCCUUGGUUCUGCAGCCGCUGCGUCGCUAAGCGUGAGAACCAUCUUGCGCGUAAGAAAAAUAUCGAGGGUUUUAAGGGCGUUAGUUGGGCUGCCAAGACCAGCAAGCAGAAACGCUCCUACCUCUCCAGCGUCUCACAUUCCCAACUCGUCAACAUAAUCAUCUACGCCACAGAACUACACCCCGACCUCCCUAUCUUCCCAACGCACGAGCCGCGACGCAGCGCAGCUCAAUCGGCGCGCCCGUCCUCCACGUACGAUGGCACACGUAUCAAAGUCGACACCAACACUAACUCCAAUUCCACUUCCCACACCAAUACCAACAUUAACGUAAACGUGCCCACCGGCCCAGCGCUUUACUCCAGCAAAGUAUCCACCCCCGACCUCCAUCUCGCCGUAGCGAAAACCAGGGAAUCAUCACCGGACUCGGAUUCGGUACCCCCGGCUUGGCCGAAGGUUGGUAAGGGGUGUCUGGCAGGUGUGCACAUGGAUGAGGAUGAUCUGAGGGAUGAUGAUGAUUAUGAGGCAUUUAGCACUGCGACGUAUAAUGCUAAGGGUCGGAAGGUUUCGGAGAAUGGUAAGACAGUUUAACCGUUUAUUUGAAUCGGAAAUGGAGAGGAGGGGGGGGGUUGUUGUGAUGCGGAAGCGCCUUAUUUUUUCGGAAGCGGGAAUGAUACCACCAACUCAGGAGCCCAGGAGGUGUCCUACUUAAGGAAUACGUGAUUUAAUGUUGAGGAGCAGCGGAGUAGGGAGAAAGGAUGAUUAUACAUAGGACGCUGGCAGCUUUGAUAUUGCUGCAGUAUGCUAGGUUAAUUUACCUUGAACGGUCAACUGGUGGCUAAUAUCCAUCACGAUAGGGACCCAGUACAUAGUUCUUAGAGUCGCUGGCUCAUAAUUGCAUUAUAGUAUUAGCUACCCGAAAAGGAUGGGAAAGGAAAACUAAUAAAUGAUACUCAUUAAUAGCUAAAAGAUAGAAAGAAUAUCAGG